AUGAAUAAAAUAUUUUGUAUUUUUAACUUUUUAUUAUGUAUUUUAUUUCAUUGUGUGUACAAUUUUUAUUUAGGACAAAAAAGUAUUUUUUUAAAAAAAGUAAUAAAAAAAAAAAAGAAUAUUUUAAAAAGGAAAUUAUUUCAUUUAUGUAUAAAAAAAAAGAAAGAUCAUUUAUCUGAGAAUAGAAAUUUAAUACGUAUAGAAUCUCGACCUGGUAUAGGUGGGAGUGAAGCUCUGUUGUGGUCAAUACAAUUAUUAAAUACUUAUAGAACAUUUGCUGAAAGGAAUAAAUGUACAGUUAAAGAAGUUCAAGAUAUAUGUUACUCAUUAAUAAUAAGUUCAAAUGAUAAUAUAAUUAUAAAUAAAGAAGGAGAAAAAAUUAAUUUAAGUUUGUAUGAUCUUUUUAAAAAUGAAAGUGGUAUUCAUCAAGUAAAAAGAAUUCCAGACAAUGAAUCUAAGGAUAAGAUUCAUUCUUCCACUGCUACCAUUGCAGUUUUUAUCCAUAAAGAUGAAGAAAUAGAAAAUGAAAUUAAUUUAAAAAAUAUAAAAGUUACAACAUUUAGAUCAAGUAAACCGGGAGGACAAAAUGUGAAUAAAAUUGAAUCGGGAGUUUGCAUUUUACAUAAACCAACUAAAAUAAAAGUUGAGUGCCAAGAAGAACGAACACAAGAAUUAAAUAAAAAAAUAGCUAUGAAAAAACUAAUUCUUAAGUUAAGAGAAAUGAAAAGUAAUGAAAAUAAAAGUUUAGUUCAAAAUAAGAGAGUUAAAUUGAUAAAAGAAGGUAAUAGAAGCGAUAGAAUAAGAACAUACAACUUUUUUAGAGGUUAUAUUAGUGAUCAUAUAAAAAAAAAGAAAAUAGAUUUAAUAUAUUUUGAAAAAAGUAAAUUAGAAUAUUUAUUGAAUAUAUAA